CUCUGGUCAUCUCCUGUACUGUGUCCGCAGUCUCUGGUCAUCUCCUGUACUGUGUCCGCAGUCUCUGGUCAUCUCUUGUACUGUGUCCGCAGUCUCUGGUCAUCUCCUGUACUGUGUCCGCAGUCUCUGUCCAUCUCCUGUACUGUGUCCGCAGUCUCUGGUCAUCUCCUGUACUGUGUCCGCAGUCUCUGGUCAUCCCCUGUACUGUGUCCGCAGUCUCUGGUCAUCUCCUGUACUGUGUCCGCAGUCUCUGGUCAUCUCCUGUACUAUGUCCGCAGUCUCUGGUCAUCUCCUGUACUAUGUCAGCAGUCUCUGGUCAUCUCCUGUACUGUGUCCGCAGUCUCUGGUCAUCUCCUGUACUGUGUCCGCAGUCUCUGGUCAUCUCCUGUACUGUGUCCGCAGUCUCUGGUCAUCUCCUGUACUGUGUCCGCAGUCUCUGGUCAUCUCCUGUACUGUGUCCGCAGUCUCUGGUCAUCUCUUGUACUGUGUCCGCAGUCUCUGGUCAUCUCCUGUGCUGUCCGCAGUCUCUGGUCAUCC